UCGCAACCGUUUGCAACGGCAGCUUUCCGAUUUGGCCACACUCUCGUGCGACGCAUGUUCCCCAGAAUGAAUUACAACUACAAGUUUGUCUCAGGCGUUCAUUCUUCUCUACAUUGCCUUAUCGAGAAUCUUUGCAGAAACAUGAGUGAACCGGUAGACCUCGCAAACCAUUUUGGGCAUGUUGGUCCAAUAUACGACAAGGAAUCUGGCGGUCUGCUUAUCUGCAUGGAUUCCAUGCUCAUGGGUCUCUUAGGAACACCUUCAAUGGCUUUCGAUCGUCAUAUCACAACAGCUUUAAGAGAUCAUUUGUUCAUGCGAAGAGGGGAAGAAAAAAGUGGCAUGGAUCUGAUUGUUCUCAAUAUCCUUCGAGCACGUGAUCAUGGUGUGCAACCGUACAAUGAUUUUAGAGAAUACUGUGGCUUACGACGAGCAAAUAGAUUUGAAGAUCUAAGGCGCGAAAUGGAUGCUGAUGCCGUUGCGGCCCUACAAUCUGUAUACGAUUCCGUCGACGACAUCGAUCUGUUCCCUGGCCUUGUCAGCGAGAGACCUCUCAAAGGCGCUCUGCUUGGACCAACAAUGUCAUGCAUUCUUGCUGAACAAUUUGGACGUCUCAAGAAAUGCGAUCGGUUCUUCUAUGAGAAUGAUGGCGUUGCCAAGUUUAGCCCAGCUCAACUAAAUGAAAUUCGUAAGAUCAAGUUAUCAUCGAUAUUAUGUGCAAACAGCAGGUACCUAAGAACCAUCCAACCAAAUGUCUUCGACGUGCCUGAUGACCUCAUGAAUGCUCAGGUGCCUUGCUCAGAUAUUCCACAAGUAGAUCUUUCACAAUGGAAGGAACGAAAGCACUGCGAGAUGAAUGGGCGAACGAUUCCUAUGGGAGAGUCAACACAUAUUACACCAUGCGUUACAUGUACAUGCACACAUGAUGGAGUAAGUACACCUCAUCGUUAA